GAACGACAACUCCCAGCAUCCCAGUGCUUUGUUUUCCCAGCAUGCAUUUCGGUUCUAAUUUGCUAAAGCAAGAUGGCGACUAAAACAGGCAAAGACGGUCCUCCACCUUUUGAUUGUCCAUCAUGGGCAGGCAAACCGCCCACGGGACUUCAUCUUGACGUGAUGAAGGGAGACAAAUUGAUAGAGAAAUUGAUUAUUGACGAGAAGAAGUUUUACCUUUUUGGGAGGAACCCCGACUGGUGUGACUUCACCAUCGACCAUCAGUCAUGUUCCCGCGUUCACGCUGCCUUAGUCUACCACAAACAUCUAAAAAGACUCUUCCUUAUAGACCUCAACAGCACACACGGUACUUUCCUUGGACACAUCCGCCUCGAGGCCCACAAGCCUCAGCAGGUUCCCAUAGACUCCACUUUAUCGUUUGGGGCUUCGACUCGAACGUACAUCAUCAGAGAGAAACCCCAAACCCAAGGCAGCGCUAGCGCAGGAGACAAUAAAACGGGAGACGACGAGGAGCUCAAAGGACUUCUAGGUCUUCCAGAAGAAGAAACAGAGUUAGAUAACCUGACAGAGUUCAACACGGCUCACAACAAGCGCAUCUCGCUCUUGACCAUUGAAGAAGGCAACCUGGAAAUCCAAAGACCUAAAAGGAAACGGAGAAACUCCAGAGUCACCUUCAGUGAAGAGGACUCCAUCAUUAACCCAGAGGAUAUUGACCCCUCGGUCGGGCGCUUCAGGAACAUGGUGCAGACAGCCGUCAUCCCCAUCAAGAAACGUAGAGCUGAAGGCCAAAACACUCUUGGUCUGGACGACCUGACGUCAAAGCGCAUGCAUGGCUACAGCUUAAGCAGCGGUUUGUAUGGAGACUUGCCUCCCACCAGUCAUGAAAACCAGCCCACAGGAGCACCUGGAGGUGCUGCAAUGCAAGGAGGACUUCCCUUGCCCUUCCCAAACCCAGCGCCGGAAGUAGACCUGGCCCCGGAGGCUCCCCACCCCCCCAUUUCUCUCAAUCCCACGCCCGUCACAGCCCCGUAUCUACCAGAGACCCUCAACGAGCCACGCAAAAAGAAGUAUGCCAAAGAGGCUUGGCCAGGCAAGAAACCCACCCUCUCGCUACUCAUCUGAGGAGUUCUGGAAAGCUUCUGCCUCUCAGGUUACCAGAAGAUGGGCCAGCCGCUUUGACCUGGCAGAGUUGGAGCCAUUCGCUUCUCUUUUCCCCUCCAUUGUCAAAGAAAAGUGCAGCUUACAUUUUUACCGUAUGUCUGCCUCACUAGAAUCUACUCCUAUAAAUAAACAGUUUGGUUGUUUGUAACAUUUAUUUUUUUGUCUGCAAAUAAAAUCCACUUAAGUUAAAAAAGAAAAAGAUCUUAGCAGUUAGUGAAGAGUGUGAGGACACAGUAAUCUCCAUGGUAGAUCCGAUCAGUGUGAAUUUAGUUUUUAUUUCUGUUUUACUGGUUUUACUGUUGCUAUUCAAGCAAAUGUGCUUUUAUAAACGAUGUUGAACUGAGAGGUCAGGAGAGAAUGCAUCUGUAAAUGGAUAUUUUGGAAAACUACAGGGCUGCUCCCAUUUUUUUAUUUCUACUAUUUCUAAAGUUUUUUACAGUGCAUUUUUGUUUCCAUUUAUCCAAAUUCUGUGUAUUAGAUCUUUUAUGAACUAAGUGCGAGAUGUUUUGUAUUCUCCUAGUAAGCCAGCAGGUGGCGACUCGAGCAAAGGAUUCAAAUUGAAGUUUGACUGCAAGCUAUAAAGUAAUAAUUUGUCUUCUAUUGCACUAAACCUCACCUAAAUCUAAAUAAUCAUCAAAGAAGUAUUGCAAAAAGUUGUUUAUUUCUUUAAAGUUUUGACAUUUCCUGGUCCAGACUCAACAUUUUUUUACUUUGACUUGAGAGAUGAAAUGGGUUAUUCCAUUUUUUAAUCAAAUAAUGCAAUCAAAAUCGGUUGCUAAUAAAAGGUUCCUUGACUUGAA